GCGCCCGCGGGGCGGGGGGCGGCGAGGGGCGGCGGGGGGCGAGCGAGGGGGCGAGGGCAGCGCAGGACGGGGCGCGCGGGUGGGCUGCGGGGAGAGGCGGGCGCGCCGGCCCCUCGUGCCCACCCCUGCGGGCCGGGGCGAGCGCGUGAGGCUCAGGCCCCUUGGCCUGACUGCAGUGGCCUGUCCCACCCUGGCCUUGGGGACGGGGCGGCCUUCGCGCCCCGCCAGCCUCCUUGGGGGGGCCGAGGACGAGCCGGUUUCGCUAGGCCCCACAGGUUCAGAGAGGGGGGCCACGUGAGCGCAGGAGCCCGCUCCUUCCCCCCCACCCCCUCCUCCAGCGCUGGCGGCUCACGGAGGAUUCCUGAAAGGCCGCUGUGCCCCUCUUUCUCACUGCCCCUUGACUCGCCCCCCCACCCCCACCCCAGGCAUCCCUAGUUUCCUACCCCGAGGUGAAGGGAUUUGGACUUCUCCCCCCAGGUGCUUGAAAGAAGAGAAGGUUGGAGGAGGAGGAGACUGGGGGGGGCGGCUGGUGGUGGUGGUGGUGGUGGUGACAGGGCUGGGAGAGAGAGGAGAGGGACGGGAGGAGGGGGCUGGGUGGGGUGGGGGUGACAGGCAGAGAGGAGCCUGGUCAACAAGCCAGCACCACUCUGCUAGGAGGCCGAGGCCGCUCCUGCAGCCGACGCAUCCAGUGUGAGGAGGCACACAUAGAUUGCUUUCUUGGGGGCUCUUUGUCAGCCACCAACACAGAGAACACACACUGACACACAGGUACACAAAGAUGUGAGCCAGGUUGUGGGAGGUAAGUGGGGGAAGGAGAAGGAGGGGGAAACAGUGUCUGCGGUGGGCUUUGGGGUGGAGGGGCGGGGGGGAUGGGCCCCGAGGGGCUCUGGGGUGCUUGUGAGGCGAGCAUUUCCAAGGCUGUGUGCUUGUGCGGCUGUGGGGGGACACACGAUGACCUUCCCCUCCUCACGAAGACCUAAAAGGGAAGAGCAACCCCCAGCGAGAUCCCCUCCGUGCUGAUGAUUUUCAGGGACUUGUUGGCAACUCAGGGAGGGUUGCCAUAGCUUUUUUAUGUAGGGUGACCAGAACCGGCUGAAACUGGUUUGAGGCAGAUCAGCUCCUGAACACAAUGCAGUCACUGAGCUACUACAGUGGGAUAGCAGCUUCCUCCCUUCAUGGCAGCCAAAAGCAGAGGACCUUGCAGGAAGGUACCAUCCCAACACAGUAUGUGAAUGCACACUUAGACACCACACAGCACUGGUAUGUGACUAAUGGAGCCCUAAAAGAUUCUGUGCAGAGAAGAUGGGAGAAAAGGUGCAGGUUUGCAAGGUCUGAGAUUAACUUGGGCUUUUCCUGCCUUUUGCUUUUGCUUAGGGGAUGGACAAGGAGCUGAGAUUUAUGACCCUUAUUAAAGAAAAAAUGUGCCUUGCUAGGGUGGGGACUCUUGGUGUAUGCAGUCUCUCUCUCUCUCUCUCUCUUUCUCUGUGUUUUUAACAAAACAAAACCAAAAUGAACUGAUGGGUUUGUAAUGGUAGUUUUGUUUGUUGCUGGAGAAUGCUACUUUGCAUGCCUUUUUUUUUGUUUUUGUUUUUUGGUUUUUUUUUUUUUUUUUGUUUCUCUCUUGCAGGGAAUUUUCUGUUUUGUGCUUUUCCUUUUAGAGGCUACUGAAGGGUGUUGGGGGUACUUCUGACUAUUAUGAAGGCCAAAAGGCCUGUUGACUGGGGCUGCUUUUAACCCUUUCAUAUUUGCAGAGAAUGCAACCGUGUGACAGUAACUGAACAUUGGGCCAAAGUCUUUCCAAAAGGUCAAGGUUCACAAGAACAUCUGAUCAAAUUCAUGACCAUGGGGGAUAUGAAGACCCCAGACUUUGAUGACCUCCUGGCAGCAUUUGACAUCCCAGACAUGGUCGAUCCGAAAGCAGCUAUUGAGUCUGUACACGAGGACCAGGAAAGCCACAUCAAGCAGAACGCCCAUGGCGACGAGGACUCCCACACACCGUCCUCUUCCGACGUGGGCGUCAGCGUCAUCGUGAAGAACGUUCGGAACAUUGAUUCCUCCGAGGGCGCCGAGAAGGACGGUCACAAUCCCACUGGCAACGGCUUGCACAACGGGUUUCUCACCGCGUCCUCUCUCGACAGUUACGGCAAAGAUGGAUCGAAGUCCUUGAAAGGAGAUGCGCCUGCCUCGGAGGUGACUUUAAAAGACUCCACGUUCAGCCAGUUUAGCCCCAUCUCAAGCGCUGAAGAGUUUGACGACGACGAGAAGAUCGAGGUGGACGACCCACCGGACAAAGAGGACGUGCGUUCCGGUUUUCGGGCGAACGUGUUGCCGGGGUCGGCCGCCCAGCAGGACUAUGACAAGCCAAAGGCGCUCGGAGGGGACGGUUUGAGCAAAACUGGAAUCUCUCCUUCAGGCAAUUUAGAUAAAAACAGAGUCGUUAAGAGAGAGACAGAAACAAAUUCCCUAAAUCUGAGUGUUUACGAACCUUUCAAAGCCAGAAAAGCAGAGGAUAAGCUGAAGGAAAACUCUGAAAAGGUGCUUGAAAACCGGGCCCACGACGGGAAGCUGAGCUCGGAGAAGAGUGAACCCAGCCUCGGCAGCGUCGCGCUGUCGAGGUCAAAGCCAUCGUCCAAGCUGUCCUCGUGUAUAGCUGCAAUAGCAGCACUUAGUGCUAAAAAGGCUGCUUCCGACUCCUGCAAGGAACCGGUGGCCGAAUCACAGGGGGCCUCUCCGUUACCUAAAGAAGCAAACGAUAGUCCCAGAGCCAUGGAGAAGUCUCCUGAAUCCCAGAGCCUCAUCGACGGGACAAAGAAAGUGUCCCUGAAGCAGCCCGAUAGCCCCAGGAGCAUCUCCAGUGAGAACAGCAGCAAGGGGUCUCCAUCCUCUCCCGCAGGGUCGACACCAGCAAUCCCCAAAGUCCGCAUAAAAACCAUUAAGACGUCUUCUGGGGAAAUAAAGAGAACAGUGACGAGGGUGUUGCCAGAGGUCGAUCUCGACUCUGGAAAAAAGCCUUCCGAGCAGGCGGGGCCCGUGAUGGCGUCUGUGACGUCUCUCCUGUCCUCUCCGGCUUCGGCUGCCGUCCUCUCCUCCCCGCCCAGGGCGCCUCUGCAGUCGGCGGUGGUCACCAACGCAGUCGCCCCUGCGGAGCUGACCCCCAAACAGGUCACCAUCAAGCCCGUGGCAACCGCCUUCCUCCCAGUGUCCGCCGUGAAGACGGCGGGAUCCCAAGUCAUUAAUUUGAAGCUCGCUAACAACACGACGGUCAAAGCCACGGUCAUAUCUGCUGCCUCUGUUCAGAGCGCCAGCAGCGCCAUCAUCAAAGCCGCCAAUGCCAUCCAGCAGCAAACCGUUGUGGUGCCGGCAUCCAGCCUGGCCAACGCCAAACUCGUGCCAAAGACUGUGCACCUCGCCAACCUUAACCUUCUGCCUCAGGGCGCCCAGGCCACCUCCGAGCUCCGCCAAGUGCUAACCAAACCUCAGCAGCAAAUAAAGCAGGCAAUAAUCAAUGCAGCAGCCUCGCAACCACCCAAAAAGGUGUCUCGGGUCCAGGUGGUGUCCUCCUUGCAGAGUUCCGUGGUGGAAGCUUUCAACAAGGUGCUGAGCAGCGUCAACCCGGUCCCAGUUUACAUCCCCAACCUCAGUCCUCCUGCCAACGCAGGCAUCACGUUACCGACCCGCGGGUACAAGUGCUUGGAGUGUGGCGACUCCUUUGCCCUGGAGAAGAGUCUGACCCAGCACUACGACCGACGCAGCGUGCGCAUCGAAGUGACGUGUAACCACUGUACAAAGAACCUCGUUUUUUACAACAAGUGCAGUCUCCUUUCCCACGCCCGCGGGCACAAGGAAAAGGGGGUUGUGAUGCAGUGCUCCCACUUGAUUUUAAAGCCAGUCCCAGCCGAUCAGAUGAUUGUCUCUCCGUCGAGCAAUACUUCCGCUUCGUCCUCUGCUCUUCCAGGCUCCGCGGGAGCCGGCACACACACUGUAACGAAGAUUCAGGCUGGCAUCACCGGGACAGUCAUAUCCGCUCCCUCCAGCACACCCAUCAUUCCAGCUAUGCCUCUAGACGAAGACCCAUCCAAGCUCUGUAGGCAUAGUCUGAAAUGUUUGGAGUGUAACGAAGUUUUCCAGGACGAGACGUCGCUGGCCACACACUUCCAGCAGGCUGCAGAUACGAGUGGACAAAAGACUUGCACUGUCUGCCAGAUGCUGCUUCCUAACCAGUGCAGUUACGCAUCACACCAGAGAAUCCAUCAGCACAAAUCUCCCUACACCUGCCCCGAGUGCGGGGCCAUCUGCAGGUCGGUGCACUUCCAGAGCCACGUCACCAAGAACUGUCUGCACUACACGCGGAGAGUUGGUUUUCGGUGUGUCCAUUGCAAUGUCGUGUACUCUGACGUGGCCGCUCUGAAGUCUCACAUCCAGGGCUCUCACUGUGAAGUCUUCUACAAGUGUCCUAUUUGUCCCAUGGCGUUUAAGUCUGCCCCAAGCACACAUUCCCAUGCCUACACACAGCAUCCUGGCGUCAAGAUAGGAGAGCCAAAAAUAAUUUAUAAGUGUUCCAUGUGCGACACUGUGUUUACCCUGCAAACCCUGCUGUAUCGCCACUUUGACCAACACAUCGAAAACCAGAAGGUGUCUGUUUUCAAGUGUCCCGACUGUUCCCUUUUAUAUGCACAGAAGCAACUCAUGAUGGACCAUAUCAAGUCUAUGCAUGGAACAUUGAAAAGUAUUGAAGGGCCUCCAAACUUGGGUAUAAACUUGCCUUUGAGCAUUAAGCCUGCAACUCAAAAUUCAGCAAAUCAAAACAAAGAGGAUACCAGAGCCACGAACGGGAAAGAGAAAUUGGAAAAGAAGUCUCCAUCACCUGUGAAAAAAUCCAUGGAACCCAAGAAGGUGGCCAGUCCCGGGUGGACGUGUUGGGAGUGUGGCCGCUUGUUCACGCAGAGAGAUGUUUACAUUUCCCACGUGAGAAAGGAGCACGGGAAGCAAAUGAAAAAACACCCUUGCCGCCAGUGUGACAAAUCUUUCAGCUCCUCACACAGCCUGUGCCGUCACAAUCGGAUCAAGCACAAAGGCAUCAGGAAAGUUUACACCUGCUCGCACUGCCCAGACUCUAGACGCACCUUUACGAAACGGUUGAUGCUGGAGAAACAUAUCCAGCUCAUGCACGGAAUCAAGGAUCCCGACUUGAAAGAGAUGACAGAAGCCACCAACGAGGAGGAAACAGAAAUAAAAGAAGAUGCCAAGGUUCCCAGUCCCAAGCGCAAGUUGGAAGAACCCGUGCUGGAGUUCAGACCGCCCAGAGGGGCGAUCACCCAGCCGCUGAAGAAGCUGAAGAUCAACGUGUUCAAGGUUCACAAGUGUGCCGUGUGCGGCUUCACCACCGAAAACCUGCUGCAGUUCCACGAACACAUCCCUCAGCACAAGUCAGACGGCUCCUCCUACCAGUGCCGCGAGUGCGGCCUCUGCUACACGUCGCACGUGUCGCUGUCCAGGCACCUGUUCAUCGUGCACAAGCUGAAGGAGCCGCAGCCGGUGUCCAAGCAGAACGGGGCCGGGGAGGAGAACCAGCAGGAGAACAAGCCCAGCCGCGAGGACGAGGCGCCCGAUGGCGCGCUGUCAGACCGGAAGUGCAAGGUGUGCGCAAAGACGUUCGAGACUGAAGCUGCCUUAAACGCCCACAUGCGGACACACGGCAUGGCCUUCAUUAAAUCCAAAAGAGUGAGUUCGGCCGAGAAAUAGCCACAGACCUUCCCGUAAGGAGAAUCCCUGUCCACAUUGGAAUAAAAGAGACAUUUUUGUUACAAAAAGUUUGCAGUAUAAUAGAGUUAACAGUACUGUCUAGGCUGUUGCAAUAUAUUCUCUUCCAGUGUACCUUCUCCACCUGGUCGUGUAUAUCCUCCUCGAUAAGUAUGAAAACAGUAUUUGAGUUUCAAAGAGUUUGUAUAUAUUUCAAUGAAUACCUUUUUAUACUCUUUGUUACAUGUUUGUAUCGGUAUUUAGUGAAAAAAUGUUUUGAGGUUUUCUUUUCUCGGUCUUUGGUUUUUUUUGUUUGUUUGUUUGUUCCUUGGGUUUUGUUUUUUGUUUUUUGGUUUUUUUGGGGGUUAGACUUUUUCUUUUUGUACUGUUUCUUUAAACACAGAGUUCUUAGCAACAGGGGCAGUUCCUGAAUUCAAAUAAACCAUUUUGUAUGUUACAGAUUUGAAUGGGUUAACUAAUUGCAGGCUAAGAUAAUGCCUUUUUUAGUCUUUUUAAUUUUUAGAAUUCACUAUAUAAAUUGUAGGUAUUGUGGGUCUCAAAAACACUAGGGACUUUUAAGUGUCUUAGCACUACCCUCAACGUGCCUGCUCUAAGCCGGCGAGUGCACCUGUCCCGUGCGACCGGUUGCACUCCGGCGUCUGGCAUCUUCUUCCAGGCCACGCCCGACCGUGUUUCAAGCAGCCUGCAGGUAGCUUCCUUCCCAGGGAUGGAUCAAAACGUAGGCCAGGCCUCUACAGUAAAGCGCAUGGAUUAUCCUCCGCUCCAUUCUGGAACGGGGAAGAAGGGCGUUGCCGGGGGAAAACCAGGGGCUGGGGGUUUUUCUGGGCCGAUCUGCAAGGCUGGCUGAAAGAACACAAGGAGAUCAAGUCACCCAAGGGCUGGACUACUGUAACAGUGACACAUAUGUAGCUAGACCAGUAGAUUUAGAUAGUCGAGUUUUUGUCAUGGAAUUUAUUAACUCCUACGAAGACACAACUAAAAAUAUCAAGUAUUUCUCUGGCUCUUGACAGGAACAAAGAAAAAAACUCCCAGUUGACUUAACCCUUCUGAACCCUUUGCCGUCGAAAGAGCUGGCGUUUCCUGUUCUGGGGUGCUACUGCCAAACGUUCUGGUACUUGGAGUUGAGAUGCACGACUCCACCUCUGACCUAUCAAUGCAGCAACCCGCGUGUCGCGAUCGGCCGCUCGGUCACGCGCUGAGCCGCCCGGCCUCAGUUCGGUCAUUUCAAUAAGUCUCUUUAAUAUUAGUAGUUCCGCUUUAUCAAAGCACAGCAGGGGUGGGCACUCCUCUGUCCCUUCCGUUUAUAGUUCUCUGGGAGCGUUCCUAUUUUUCAGUUUCCGUUUCUGUGUUUUCUUUGGCAUUUUAUACCUUGUAUUUAUCCCGGAACACGUUUUGUACUUUUUAUUUUUACGAAAAAGGAAUUCCGUUUUGUGUAUAUAUAGGCACUUGCAUGAUACGCUGUAGUCAACGUCCGGUUCCUCAGAAGGUCUCGGCGCUGUCCGCUGUUACGCACUACAUCCGUCAUAACUGUAUUCAACACAUUUCGUAUGUAAAUAAACGUGGGACAUUGGCCCUUGCGCUUCUGUGAGAGAGUCAUUGAUGGUGGGGCUCUGACAUCUUCGUGAAGUUUAGGAAGCGAGUAGUCGCAGGGACAGGACUACGGGAUGUUGCAGAACUCUUUCCCCCUCCGGAGAAUGGCACGUGCGUUCUCGUUAGCGCUCAGCUCUUUGGUCGCUUUCGCGUUGACUGCCAUCGAUUUCGUGGGUAUAACGCAAGGGCGUGAUUAAGUAUUCCCACGCUUGAAAUUCAAUUGCUGUUACUUGUUCUAUUUAUACUUGUAUUGCUCUAAGGUGUAUUCAUAGCACUUUCAUGUGUUUCUGCAUUUGAACCUUGCAAUAAACCUGUGCGGUGGGCCGCGCGGGUCUUAAUGGUCUAGUUUUACAGUUGAGGAAGCUGAGCUCCGAUUCCGUUCUUUGCCUGAGCCCUCACAGCUGGUAAGUGGCUUUGCGUAUUAGAACCCAGACGCUCUUGCUCGCAAUCUUAGCGCUCGCUCUCUGUGUUUAUGUACAUAUUGACAAAUAUUCACUUACUGAACAAUAAAAAGUAUGUGCGAAACACGA